CCGUACCCCAUCAAAUACCCCAAAUUUGUCCUUUGUUUGAGUCACGCUUGGGUAGACAUAAUCUAGGAAUCUGUGAGUCUACGUCCUCGGAGGUUGCUUCUCCAUCAAAGAAGCGCAAUGCCACCAGCAACCACAAAACCUCCCUCCCUGGAAGAAUGGGAAGCACACAAAUCAACACUGCAGCAACUUCGCCACGAAGGCACGAAACUCGAAGAUAUCAUGAAGCAUAUGGAGUCGAAAUACAAAUUUGUUGCAUCAAAAAACCAAUACCAAAGGAAGUUCAAAGAGCCUCACUGGAACUUCACCAAGAAUGUUAAUAGUGCGAGCUGGGAAUAUAUUCUAUGCAAGGCGGCAAAGCGUCAACGCUUUGAAAAGCCGACAGAAGUCACUUUAUUUGGUCAAGAAAUACCGGAGAAGAAAAUCAAAAAGGCGAGGUAUCAAUUUACGAUCAUUGAGCUAAAAAGGAUCCAAAAUCUUUCGCCUGCCCCACCAACCCCUGAGGGCAUCUCUGUUCACACUCCUCCCGCUGAGGCACCGCGUAAUACGGAACAGUCACUAGUCGCGGUCAAUACGCCCGGCCCCGUUACCUCUAUACGAACUGCUUCCCAAGAAGAUCUAGCACAAGAUGCUGAGGAUGAUACUAUCACUUUUCUUUUAAAUUAUCCCUACAAUGAGGCACAAAGCAAUGGAGCAUUGUGUCUCGUAAAAAGAAGACAGAUCCCAUACCUCCAGUGUUUGGAUUUGUUUGAUUUGCUGGACUUGAACCAUACUCCGCAAACUCUAUUCCGACCGGAUUUCUUCGAUGCUAUGUGGUCUGACUUCUGGGAUCCCUUGAAGUCUUUUGAUUGUCUUGAUACAGAAUAUGAAGCGAGUUUACUUUCGGCGGGCACACCAUUAGAAACAUCUGUGCAGCUUUCGAACGAAUGGCAUAAUACCCAGAUCAUUGGCUCCUUCGCACCACUUCUCGUUAGCCACGCUCUGAAUCCUCUAAAUGCUCGGAAUGAAGACGCUUUAGACCAAUUGAAGAGACUCGAGCGAAGGUUACCAGAAAUGCUAGCAAAUAUGCCGGAAAGAAAACCAGGUGAAAGAGAUUUGACUAUCGACACCUUACUUGGACCUCCCCAACCUUCGGCCGGCCUCUACCUAAUUGAAGUUAUCAUAUAUUUGUGUUCUAAUAGUCUACUCAAUGGGUCCACUGUCGAAUACAAUCAAGCUAUGCACUGGAUAGCGGACAAUGUUCCACUUCAAAGCAUGGGAACUCUCCUGCAAAAUAACUCGCCAACCCUUCAAGCAUUUCGGUUUCAAUUGCUCCGUUUUGGAGUGCAGACUGGGCGGGAGAGCUUUGUACAAGAUCUUCUACGUACGGAUAACGGCCUGAAGGACUUCGCGUUGCGCUCUACGCAGCUAUUGUCUGAGGCCGUCAAAAGCAAUAACGAUGAGAUGAUGAAAUUGCUUUUGAAACUUGGACUCGACGUCUUGAGAUCUAAAAAUUUUGAAAGUACAAAGGGGAGACUGCUUCGAGAUUGCACGUCGAUUAGUAUGUCAAAGUUACUUUCCAAAGAAGUAGCGGUCCCUGUCUCAAAAGAUUCUAGCGUCAAAUCGAUUGGCGAUUCCGCUCUUCUAUCAGCGAUUCAGAGGAGAGACAUUGAGAUGGUCCAAUUUCUGAUCAAGGCUGGCGCAAACGUUAAUGUUUUCGUCAACGAUGGGUGGGGCAAUCCUAAGGUCUUUUUUGAUGAUGACGAUUGGAGUAAGGACUUAGUCGACGAACGUUGGGGUAGAGUGACAGCAUUGAGCCUUGCGGUCGUUAGCGGCCAGACCGACUUGCUGCGCCCCCUCCUGGAAAGCAACGCAGAUGUUCAUGUUCAAGCGGCGUUUUACGAUUACCUUUUCUCCGACAAGACCUUUGAGGAGUAUAUGUCUUUCAAAGCGAGGUCUUUCCUCGGGACUGCACUCCAGGCAGCUGCAGCAAGAGGCAAUACCGAGAUGGUGCGAAUGUUGCUCGAGAAAGGAUCAAACAUCAACGAGCGACCACAAGGACCGAACGGAAGAACAGCACUUCAAGCAGCAGUGGAAUCCGAAUGUAUCGAAGCAGUGAGAUUACUUCUGGAGCAUGGUGCAGAUGUGGACGCCCCCACGACGAACUCCGGACCCCCUCGAACAGCUUUAGUAACAGCGGCGGAGAGCAAAAAUCUUGUUCUGACCAAGCUUUUAUUAGAUUUCAACGCAGACGUGAGCGCUCUGGCUUUGAGUCCUGAUGCUGAAACCUUGAUGACGGUGAUUGAAACAGCGAAAGCACAGGAAAGUCGCCCAGAUAUUGUUGGAGUUCUUGAAUCCGCAGGUGAUUCCGCAGUGAUUUCCUUUAAAAGGAUUCAACUGUGCCAUGCUAUUCAAACAGGCGAUGUUGCAAUAGUCCGCCAUCUUAUAAAUUCAGGGGGAUGCGUUGACACCAGACCUGUGGAAGAGAUUUGCUGGUUCCAACUGCCCGGAGACGAUGACUUAAUGGGAGACAAAUAUAGAGACAGGCCUGAGCCAUGGAAAGUACGGAAAAUGCGCUCAGUAUCCGAAAGGGCUACAAUGCUGCACAUGGCAAUCACCUCACAAACAAUAGUCGACUCGUCGAUGUUCAUUUAUCUGUGCCAACAAAUCGAUGGCUUAAGAGAACAACACUCGGAAGAUAAUCUGGAACCAGUUCUUCAUACUGCUUUAAAAUGGGAUCUUGAGCCAUUUUUUCAUACUGCCGUAAGAUGGAGACGAUUUGACCUAGUGGAAUUCUUGCUCGAGUCUGCCAUUAAUGUUGACACGUGGUGGAAAUAUCACAAAGGCAUCAAAGUUACUGCCUUGAAUUUAGCAGCAUGGUCAGAUGAUGUUGAGAUGGCGCUGCUGCUUCUGGAAAAAGGUGCAGCCAUCAACUAUGACACCUCGGCGGAUGAAGAAUUACCCCUUCAAUCUUCUCUGAAACUGGAUCACUUGCCCAGAAUAAGUCAAAAUUUCAAGGUUACCAGACUUCUUCUAAGCCGUGGUGCGAUUGUGCAUUGGCCAUUCAGUGGAGAUGAAGAUACACCAUUGGUGAUCGCUGCUGAGAAUGGCAAGCUGGACAUGAUCCGCAUACUUUUAGAACAUGGAGCACCAGUAAAUCAUCACUGGAAACGCAAUAUCACACCUCUAAUGGCUGCUACGAGAGGACGUCAUCUGGAGGCGGUAAAGCUUUUACUGGACAAUGGUGCCCAUGCAAACCCGCCUGCUUUUGACCAUGGUUUUUAUUCGGACCGAGGAACAGCUCUUCAAUUCGCCGCGAAGGACGGAAGUUUUGCAAUCGCUCAGCUUCUACUUGAAAGAGGCGCCAAUAUUAAUGCUCUGGGGCCAGAGAGCACAAUUUAUGGAAGAAAUGCUCUUGAGACAGCCGCUAUGCACGGCAAGUAAGAUAUG